AAAUGAAGAGAAGAGCAAGCAUAAGCGAAAGAUCUCCAAGACGAAGACAGUCAAUGUCUUCUAAGAGGCAUAACCCUCAAAAAGACUGACUUAUGAUUGGUCUUCAAAACACAGGGAAAUCUGUUCUCCUAAGAAGACUUAAAGCUCUAGAAGCGUCUUCCAUAGAUACAGCAUCCAGACAGACUGUCGGAAUGGAGAGAGAAGAAAUCUCAUUUUUAGGAACUACUUAUUUCUUUGCAAAAUAUGGCUCAAAAAUGCUAGCAAACUGGAAUAAAAUGUAUGAUAGUAGUAGUACUAUUAUCUUCGUUGUAGACAUCACAAAUUCAGCUCAGAUUGCUUCAAGCCUGUCUGAAUUUGAAAUUCUAAUGGAGGACCAACAACUUGAAGGCAAGCCUAUAUGUCUGGCUUUCAACAAAAAUGACCAAGAAGUCAAAGAGAGCACACUUGAGUAUUACUAUGAGAUGUUUGAUGUGGAAUUUCACCAAGAAAGUAGAGAUAACUUCGAAUGAGUUUCCAUCUCAGCCCUCACUGGAGACGGCUGAAAGAAAAUAAUGAAUUGGAUCAAAAACAAUUGAGUUCCAGAUAGGAGAUCUUCCAGAGCAGAGAAACUCAAGCCUUUACCAAAAGUGGAGAAAGUGAAAAGUAGCAAGUUUUCAUUGUUUUGUUGCUGAGGGAAGAAAUAAUUCAAGAAUAUCUUUCAACCC